AUGGACUCCAAUGGACGCUGGACCCGGGAAAGGCUCGACGCCGCUUUCGAACAUUCCCAGAGCGAUCCCUCGGCGAUAUAUCUUGACUCCUUCAGCCGAAGAGUUUUCCGAUAUGAAGGGAAAGUCAUCAAAUAUGGCGAGCCCGUGAACCUUCAAGAAACAAAAGCAAUUUCCUUCGUUAAACAAUCUGGGCUCAACAUCCCUGUUCCCGAAGUCUAUUCGUCUGAGAUGUGUGAAGACGUGGGAGUCAUCGAAAUGGAGCUCAUGGAAGGGGAUACCUUAAAGAACGUAUGGGGCAAACUGUCAAAGGACGAAAAACAGAGCUAUGCGCAACAACUACGUCAUAUUGUGAACCAACUGCGUUCGCUCGAGGGAGACUAUAUCGGCGCCCUCGGACAACUCCCAGCUGUCGAUGCUCGCCGCGACAAGAAUCGGGGUGGUCCUUUUUUAAGUGAGACGGACUUCAAUAAAUUCUUGCUCAGCAACACUAUUUCCACUACGCCAACGAUUUAUCGCACAAUGCUCGAAGACGUUCUCUCAUCCAGAAAACACAAGAUCGUUUUCACUCAUGGAGACUUGAGCCCGACGAAUAUCAUUGUGAAAGAGGGCCAGAUUGUUGGCAUUAUUGACUGGGAAUUCGCAGGGUGGUAUCCAGAGUACUGGGAAUCCAUCCAGUUCUUCAGAGCGCUAUACACCGACUACCGUGACUAUGCGGGGGUAAUAUUCGAAACACUGUAUCCCGUUGAAUACAUGACAGACCACUUUAUAGGACAACUGACGCGUCAUUAG